AUGCCUUCCAUAUUGCCAAACCCAACUGCUACCAGCAACAAAUUUGAAGAUCUCUCUGGAAUCGAUGCUGCAGCUUAUGAAAACCCCUACGAUGCCUUGAUCGAGGCCUGUAAUAAUGAUCCUGCCCUCAUCCAAUCCCGCUAUUCGACUCAUCGUACUACCCGCAACAGCCAGCAAAAAGCUAAAUUGCUAUCCCCUGAUUUCUCUGGCCUACUUAUCGACCCUGUUCUCAAGAAGCUAACAGAUCCCUCCAUUGAACCUGGUUUCACAGACCCGAGACAUUGUCUUGUAUUCUGGGCUCGACCCCCAAGUCAUAUUCGCUCCCUGGCUAGGGAUGUCCAGCAGAUGCUGUUGGCCUCGGCUCCAAAUCUCUGGCUCAUGCCCACUGAAUGCAUGCAUCUCACAGCCCUAGAAAUCACCCAUUCUCUCACGGACCCAGAAAUCCAUGCCAUCAUUUCUAGAAUGGGACCAGCCAGCAUAGCCACUAUGACAGACUACACAUUCUCCCACCGGGCACGCCUCAUCAAGCCCAUGCUAUCAUACGAUGGCAGCGCGCUUGCUCUCUCGUUCCUCCCCGCAGCAGGCGAGGGCCUUCCCCUUUCGGCCUCCAGCUCUUCAGAAAGAAGCCAAGAAGAUGAUAGGUUUACAUAUCAUCAUUUGAGGAGAGAUUUAUUCAAUAUUGCUAAGGCCACAGGGGUGAGCAUCGAUUCUCGCUAUGUAGUCCCUAGCUCCCAUAUCACACUUGGACGGUUCUUGACUCAGGAUGAUCAUGAUUCUCCUGAGAAAAUGGAGAGGUUCAUCAAGAAGAUCGAGGAGAUUAAUGCGUGGCUGGAAGAGGAAUACUGGCCAAAGGAUGGGGGAGAGAGGAGGGAAGAUGGUGAGUGGAUUGUAGGACAAGGAAAGGGUUUGGAUUUUAGAGAGGGGACAUUGUGGUAUGGUGGCGGGAACACGGUGAGAAUUGGGAAGGGGUUUUGA